GGCAGCUGAAGCAGUAGAACCCAUGGUGUUGGAUUUCUAAAGUUCUCAAAGUUUGCCAAAUAAAAAUGUAUACUUAUACUUGAGUAUCUAAUACCCAAAAUAUAUAUUAAACUAAAACUGGUGACGUCGAUGUGGAGUAGCAGCCAGACUUAUGUAAAGUUGAGGCUAUCCAGCCUUGUUUUAUCACAGAAACACGCUAGUACACUCUAGCCUCAGCCUUGCAGUAUUAUUUUGUGGUUCAGAUGUUAUGGUGUUAAUUGACCUUACAACAAAUCCAUUUCCCUAAGCACACACACACACACAGUCUGCCUCUUUGGUCAAUCAAUCAACAUGUCAGAUAUAGCCCUCAGUUCUAAUAAACGCAAGCUGGAUGCAGAAGAUGAAGACUCCUCGUCCGAUGAUGAUAUGGGACCUCAACUUCCAUCUGCGGAAGCUCCCAAAAAGAAGCGUCGCAAGCUUCCAUACGAAAAGCUCUACAUUUCAGCUCUACCAACUUCCGCACGAUAUUCAAAAUCUCUUAUGCACAAAGAACAAAUCUCGUUUGUCACAAUGACUCCAUUGACGGACUUUUUGAUCACAAGCUCUGUCGAUGGAGUUGUCAAAUUCUGGAAGAAAGGAGGCGAUGGCAUUGAGUUCGUCAAGGAAUUUAGGACUCAUGUUGGAGAGAUCAAGAGUGUUUCGAUUAGUUCGGAUGGGCGGAGCUUUGCGACAGCUGGAGCUGACAAAACAAUCAAGAUCUUUGACGUGAUGACUUUUGAUCUAUUGUCAAUGCUAGCUGUAGAGUUCACGCCGAAAUGCGUUUGCUGGGUACAUGGACGUGGCGCAUCUCUUCCUUUACUAGCUGUAUCUGACGAGGUUAAUCAUACAAUUCGAAUAUACGAUGGGCGUGGGGAAAACCAGGAACCAAUACAUACAAUUACAGGCUUACAUCGAAGCGUUGUCUCGCUGAUGGCUUUCAAUGAUACCUAUAAUUGCGUAAUAUCAGCGGACGAGAAUGGUAUGAUUGAAUACUGGCGCCCGGGAGGAAAUUACGAAAAGCCGGAUAAUGUUUUCGAAUACAAAUCUUCCACGAAUCUCUUCGAAUUUAAGAAGGCGAAAUCAACACCCACUUCUCUAACAAUCUCUCCAACCGGUUCUCAAUUCGCAACUUUCUCAUUCCCCGACCGAAAAGUCCGGGUGUUUGAUUUCCCAACAGGAAAAUUAUACCGUACAUACGAUGAAUCCCUGCGGGUUAUCGAAGAAAUGCAACAGGCAGGAACGUCAUUGAAGAAGUUAGAAGAUCUAGAGUUCGGUCGCCGACUUGCUACCGAGCGUGAGAUCGAAACGCCAACCCUACGAAACAAAGCAACUGUUAUAUUUGACGAGACGGGACACUUUAUCAUUUACGGAUCAAUGCUAGGCACAAAGGUUUUGAACACUUACACAAAUCGGGUUGUAAAGGUGUAUGGAGGAGAUGAGAAUUUUAGGCCGCUUAACAUUGCUAUUUACCAGGGCCAACCACAAAAGAAAGGCAUUACGACCGUUGCGAUGGCUGCAUCCAACAACCCUCUUCUGCAGGAAUCAGAAAUUCGAGAUCCGAUAUUAUUUGCGACCGGUGUUGGUAAAGUGCGGUUCUACAUGUUCACAAACGAUGAAGAAGUCUCCAAAUCAGAACGAGAUGUCCAAAAUGAGAAGCCCACCAAUACAAAUGGAAAGAAAUUGACAGAGGCUAAGGCUGCCGAGACUGGGACAGCUGCUGUUAUCCACACCACAUACGGAGACAUCCACAUACGAUUGUUUCCAGAUGCAGCUCCAAAAGCAGUUGAGAAUUUCGUGACGCACUCAAAACAGGGUUACUACAACAAUACUAUCUUCCACCGUAUCAUUCGAAAGUUUAUGAUUCAGUGCGGAGAUCCAUUAGGAGAUGGUACUGGUGGUGAAAGUAUCUGGGGGAAAGAGUUUGCCGAUGAAUUUAGUUCUCUCAGACAUGACAAACCUUACACAGUUAGUAUGGCGAAUGCGGGGCCGAAUACAAACGGUAGCCAGUUCUUCAUUACAACCGAAAAGACUGUAAGUUUACAUAGCUACGUAUGGUAUUUCUCUAAUUGAUCGCGGUGCUAACUCUUUUCCGAUAGCCGUGGUUAGACAACAAACAUACAAUCUUCGGUAGGGCAAUUCAAGGUCUAGACGUCGUCCACAAAAUCGAAAAUACCCGAGUCUAUAAAGAAAAACCGGAGGAAGAUAUUAAAAUUCUCAAUAUAGACAUCAUGUAAAAGAAAAGCUUGAUGUAUCGAGUUUGGACGAGAACACUUUGGGUUGCCUAAUACAUAUUGCCGAGAAGGAACUUUUUGAACACUAGUUGUUAUAUCCUUGAUGUUAAUCCCAUCAUUAGUCAAGGUCAAAAUCUGUUAUUGGUCAAGCGUUUGAUCUUAUCAGCAUUAGCGCAUAUCGAGCAAUCUACCUAUUUUAUCCCCACUUUCCCACACUCCCACCUUCCCACCUUUCCACCUUCCUACCAUACAUACUCCCACGGACACCUUCCCAUCUCAAGCUUGAUUACGAAUUCAAUUUUCAUUGCAUUGAACUCCACUCA